ACGAGUCGCACGUGUGAUCACAGUCCGUGUGUUCAGAUCGGGUCCCGGUCCAGGAACGAGAAGAGUCCCGUUGACAGCGCCGGUUCAACGCCUUACACCUGAAAACAUGAAGCCAGGGUUCAGUCCUCGUGGGGAUCGAGGAGGAAGAGGAGGACGGGGAGGAUUCGGUGGAGGUAGAGGAGGGUUUGGAGACCGAGGAGGGUUUGGAGACCGAGGAGGACGAGGGGGAUUCAGAGGAGGAAGAGGUGGAGGAUUCAGGUCCCCGGAUGGUGGAGGAUUUCGGGGCAGAGGGGGUGGAAGAGGCACCCCGAGAGGGAGAGGAGGCAGAGGAGGGAGGGGCGGUGCCGGUGGCAGAGGAGGCUUUGGAGCAGGGAGAAAGGUCUUGGUUGAGCCACACAGACAUGAAGGCGUGUUCAUCUGCAGAGGGAAGGAGGACGCCCUGGUGACCAAGAACAUGGUGGUGGGAGAUUCUGUGUACGGAGAGAAGAGGAUCAGUGUGGAGGAAGGAGAGACUAAGAUUGAGUACAGAGCGUGGAACCCGUUCCGCUCUAAGCUGGCAGCCGCCAUCUUAGGAGGAGUAGACCAGAUCCACAUCAAGCCUGGAGCAAAGGUCAUGUACCUGGGAGCUGCCUCUGGAACCACAGUGUCCCAUGUCUCUGACAUCGUUGGACCAGAUGGCCUGGUCUAUGCUGUGGAGUUCUCCCAUCGAUCAGGUCGUGACCUUCUCAACGUGGCAAAGAAACGCACCAACAUCAUUCCCAUCAUCGAAGACGCGCGGCACCCGCACAAGUACCGCAUGCUGGUUGGCAUGGUGGACGUAAUCUUUGCUGAUGUGGCUCAGCCUGACCAGACGAGGAUUGUCGCUUUGAACGCUCACAACUUCCUGAAGAACGGAGGACACUUUGUCAUCUCCAUCAAGGCGAACUGUAUAGACUCGACGGCAGCUCCUGAGGCGGUGUUUGCCGCUGAGGUGAAGAAGAUGAGCGCUGAGAACAUGAAGCCACAGGAGCAGCUCACACUGGAGCCCUAUGAGAGAGACCACGCCGUGGUGGUGGGCAUAUACAGACCUCCACCUAAACAGAAGAAGUGAAGUGUGGCAGGAAGCAGAGAGAAACGGAUUCCUGUUCUCAACCACCACCUAUUUUACGUACCAUCUGUUGUCUGUUGCCCUCCUCCUCCUCCACCUGCCUGUUUGUAGACUUCUGCAGUGUGAAAGCAUGACGAGCACUCAGGGCAGAGCUGGGCUGGGUUUCCUUUUUCUUUUUUGAGUCCUUUGACCACCCACCUGCUGGAGGGUCUGUCCAUUACCAGUAAGGUUGGAGCACAUUACAUGACACUGGGCCAUUUGAGCCACAGGUUUCAUCUUGAGUUUGCCAGAUUGAAGCAGGUUAUUAUAGUAUAUAUAAGUUUUAUAAAAUGUAGAGGUUCACCUCAGAUGCUGGGUGGACUGGCCUCAGUUCACGUUAUCAGGUCGGCUCCUGUGUGUUGUUACACAACUGUGGUCGAGUGUUCACACCCGGUCUUGUCGUGUAGUGUGUUCUCAGCCUUGAAGAGUAGUCUUGAUUUUUAUUUUUUUUAUUUUUAUUAUUUUUAUUAUAAAUUCACCAGCCUCUGCCCUGUGAACUAGUCACUUCCUACUGAGGAAUAUUUCAACUGUCAUAACAGUUAACCUGAAAGACGUCUUUGUAAUUACACACAUUUGAAUAACUACAUGACUCCAGUGAGGAUUUUUGUGGUUGUUUUAUUUCAUCACCUUUUCGCUUCUCUGUGCUCCUGCUUGUUUUCUUACUGAAUGUCUCUCUGGUUUUUUUUGUUUUGUUUUGUUUAAUGUGUUUCUGGUCUCCUGCUCCUGACUGAUUCCAGAAGCACAUCUCAAGUAUUCACACAUCAUAUACCCAGAUGGGUAAUAUUUUUAGUGUACGAGUUAUGUCUGAACUUAUGUACAGUAAAAUAUACUUUUUCUUAAUAUGUUGUGUGUCCUCGUGUGAAGAGCUUCAGGUUGUCACAAUAUCCACCAUUAAUCCUGGUCUGUGUAGUGGUGAGGAGGUAAACUGACCCUGUUCGUGUGUGUGUCUGUGUGCUUGUGUACAGACAAAUAUAGAAAGUGACUUUUUCACUCUGACUUGUAAUUUGAUACCAGUUUAACGUUUGUGUGGAUGAGUAUGAAGCAGAACAGUUGUAGAUAUUUUACAACAAAUUAUGCUUGAAACCUUUUUUAUUGACAUGAUCAGUAACUUUGUUUUAAUAAAAUGUUUUGAUUGUUUUUGAUUAAA